CUUGGGGAUCAUGUUUUGACAACAGGUGAAAAUUGGACACGAAGUAUGGCGUGGCAACUGCAGGCACUCGUAGUGUCGCAAUGCAACAAGUUACACCGCCGCUGGUAGCUGCCUCGGUAUGACCUCAAUCCACCGAAUGCAGGCCUUUGCCCGACUCGUGAAUCUCGAGUUUUCAUCCGUCCCAUGUCUUGCAUCUCUUCUUAAAGCUUCCUCCAGCUGCACAUUAAUUCUUUCCAUCAAAGAAGGUCGACAAAAUGGUUCAAGACCCACGACAGUAUGAGCUCAUCCUACUCGGUGCGACUGGAUACACUGGGAAGCUGGUCGCAGAAUGGAUCAGCACCCACCUACCAGAGGAUCUGAAGUGGGCAAUUGCUGGAAGAAAUGCGAAGAAAUUGCAGCAUGUUGUUAACGAGCUGACGAAGCUGAGCCCGGAUCGCAAGCAGCCUGAUGUCGAGACAUGCGAGCUUGAGAAAGACCAACUUGAUAAACUGGUCAAGAAGGCGAAACUCGUGAUCACGACCGUAGGUCCCUUCAUGUACUACGGCGAAGCUGUCCUUGCAGCCUGCGCCAAUCACGGCACGCAUUACCUGGACUGCACUGGGGAAGUCCCUUGGAUCUACGACAUGGUCGCCAAGUAUGAUGGCCUGGCGAAGAAAAACCACAGCAUCAUUAUCCCAGAAUGCGGCCUUGACUCUGUCCCCGCCGACAUCAUGGCGUACGUCUUGGCGAGAGAGGUUCGCAAGCGAUAUAACGAAGCAUGCGAAAGAGCCAUAAUGACGCUAUACGAUUUCAAGAGUGGUAUCAGUGGAGGAACGGCGCUGACUCUGCUGGAGCUGCUCAACAAUUACCCUCUCAGCCAUUUGGCGAAGUCAAUGCAUCCGUACUCUCUGUCUCCUGUCAAGGCAGACAACGUCGUGGGCUCACCGAAAGGAAGUCUUUUGUACCGCCCUUUCGGUCUCAUCUCCGUUCCUGAGCUUGGUGGAGUUCAAACAACAGGCCUAAUGGCAGGUGUCGAUACAUGCAUUGCGCAUCGCUCAUGGGGUCUUUACCAGUCCUCUGGCAACCCUUAUGGACCCAAGUUCCGCUUCAACGAGUACAUGCGAUCGAGUAACAUCCUUACAGGGUUUGCUUUCAAGCUCGUACUCGGUCUCGCCGGUCUUUUCCUCGCUAUACCGCCCACCCGCUGGCUCCUCGCGCCACUCAUCAAGAAGUUCGUCAUUCCCAGCCCGGGUGAAGGCCCGACGCGAGAGAGCAUGAAGAAUGACUUCAUGUCUUAUCGUGGUCUUGGUAUCGCAGAGGAUGGAAAGAAGGUGACGGCAAAGCUGGACAUUGCGCACGGCGGGUAUGCGGCGACUGCGAUCACUUUGAGUGCGGCUGCGCAAGUGAUUCUUCGGGGACGACUAGAAAAUACGGAAGCGGGAAGGUUGGGAGGUGGUAUCUUGACGCCGGCAACACUAGGAGAUCAGUAUGUCGAGACGCUGAAUGACUUUGGUAUAAAGAUCAGUGUCGAUUAGUAGGUGUACAGGUUCACGGGUUCUUGUCUACUUAGUGGAAACCUAUAGUACAAGGAUACACUGUUUAUAUGAGCCGCUUAAUCACAAGUCCGGGGCAUGCUUGGCGGGCGCCUUCAGCUACACCGUUAUCUCUAGCAACGUGCCUCAAUACUCAUCGAUAUGUUUCCAACAAUCCACGAAACGUCCGAGGCGCAAGGAGAACUCGACAGUAUUGAAACACAAACUUCAUCCGAG